AUGGUGAGGCCCUACUUGAAUGAUAUCAGCAAUGAUGAGGGCGAACGCUAUGCCGUGUAUCGCUACUAUGGCAACUCGAAGAAGAUGCGGCGGCUUUCGCGGGAGCGCGAACGAAGGAAGGUGAAGAACUGGUCGUCUUUGGCCAAGACAGAGUUGUUUGGACUGAUGUUGACAGGUCAAAUGGGCACAGGGGUCGUCAACGCCGUGUUCGUACAGCAAACGCUGCAAGUCGCGAAGGGAGAUGAAGAGGUCCUCUUCUUGGAGAAGCAGAAGGCAGCUGAAGAGAAGUAUUUCAAGAACGUGGCGAAGAUCUUCACCAAGCUGGACACUUCAGGUGAUGGACUUCUCUCUUGGGGCGAGUUUGAGCAACUGUUGGAAGACCCCAAACUUCGAUUCCUGCUGGACAAGCUGGAAAUCGCUGCGGGAGACUUAAAAGUCCUCUUCGACCUUUUGGAUGACACGGGCGACGGGGAGAUCUCAGUGGAGGAGUUCAUCGAAGGUGUGACCCGCUUUAAGGCCCCGUUCAGCGAAGGAUUGUCCUCGUUCGUGGAAGGGCUUGGGGGGGCGGCCAAGAGUCUGGACGUGGGACAAGUCUUGCUUCGCGCCCGGCGCAUGGAACGACACAUCGUCAACGUGGAGAAGUCCCUCGACCGAAAACAACCCGCGACGACCGUCGCGUCGCACGCGGGACUCGGCGCCAACGAGCGGGUGAGCAGCGCUGGCGCCAUGCUCGGGUUAGCAGCGCUGCCUUCUGUUUUGGAGGAGUUUGGUGGUUCGGUGGUCCUUCUAUACUUCCUUCUAUAUAGGGGUCCAUGGGGCCUCACCAUAGCUCAAAAGAGGGUGUGUGUGUGGGCCGUGUGGGCCUCUUUGCUGGGUGGCAAUUUGGGAGCUGGAAGACAAGCGAGAUUAACCUAUUUGUAUUGUGGGGGGGUUGGAGGUUCAGACCGGAAAAGAGAUGAUGUCAAUAUGACAGGUGGAUUCUCGUUUGCUGACUGCUGGAUGUAA